AUGUUUGUGUCAUAUAAGGAAUCCACAGCUCCAUCUUGGCUAAUAUCUGCUCUUAUCGAAAACCAGAUUGAAGGUGUUCCUGCUUCCUUAAAUCGUGGUGGUUCUAUGAUUGAUCAUAGCAUAAGUAAAAAUACCGUCAUUAUCAGUUCCUUUGUUCACGAUCAGAAUUUUUUUGGUACAUCAUUACAAAAAUUAAAAAUUAAUCCACAACGCUAUAAAUUCAUUGAUUUUUUCACAAAUUUUGUUGUACAAUAUUUAAAUAAACCAAAAGAUCAAAUUUUAGUAAGCCUUCUAAACUCAUUUCCUGAUAAUUCUAAUACUGAAGAACCGACAACAAUUAUAAUUGAAUGUCCUGAAUUACUGCUCUUUUUAAUUCCAGGAUUAACAAGCGAUGAAUUACAGUUGAACUUUAUAAAUCCAUUGUCAAAAAAAUGUGGCUUAUUAAUAAUAGUUUCAUCAAUUGAAUCCUUUAAUAAUGAUGGCACUGCUAUGGAUAAGGAUUCAAUUCAAUUAAAUAGAUUUAUCUUGAGCUGCUUUUACAAAUCUAUUGCUGUGUUAUCUUUAAAACCGUUAGAUACUGGCCGUGCAAGAGAUGUAACAGGAACUUUGAAAAUUUCAAAAGGUGGUAAAUCUCAAGAAAUUCUACCAUUACAAGUAGUUGAGAACGAAUAUCUAUAUCAUACAGCAAAGGACAAUACAAAAUUAUUCUUUAGAUAG